AUGAGGCGAUUCACCUCUCCUCGAGUGAGGAGCCCAGACAGUCUGGACCCCCUGCUCUACAGAUUACUUAAAGUGGGAGAGCUGUACACUUUUAAAAGAGGUAGGAUUGUGCAGACAUUUACAAAAUCCUGUAGUGUCUGUUUCCUGUCCCUCAGUGUCUGUUUCCUGUCCCUCAGUGACUGUUUCCUGUCCCUCAGUGUCUGUUUCCUGUCCCUCAGUGUCUGUUUCCUGUCCCUCAGUGACUGUUUCCUGUCCCUCAGUGUCUGUUUCCUGUCCCUCAGUGACUGUUUCCUGUCCCUCAGUGUCUGUUUCCUGUCCCUCAGUGUCUGUUUCCUGUCCCUCAGUGACUGUUUCCUGUCCCUCAGUGACUGUUUCCUGUCCCUCAGUGUCUGUUUCCUGUCCCUCAGUGUCUGUUUCCUGUCCCUCAGUGACUGUUUCCUGUCCCUCAGUGUCUGUUUCCUGUCCCUCAGUGACUGUUUCCUGUCCCUCAGUGUCUGUUUCCUGUCCCUCAGUGACUGUUUCCUGUCCCUCAGUGUCUGUUUCCUGUCCCUCAGUGUCUGUUUCCUGUCCCUCAGUGACUGUUUCCUGUCCCUGCAGCUGUACGAGAUCCUGGCCCGGACGCCGUACGGUUCGAUGAAACAUGGGGAGGUUGGGAUCGACCGUCUGCUGAGCGAGGGGGUCUUCACUGCAGCCUACCCACUCCACGAGGGUGGGUUCCAGCCGCCCAGCCCCCCAGUGCCCCCCCAGUCUUUAGCUCUGAGACAGAUCCUGUACUCGCACUGGGCCAACUGGUCCUCCUGGAGAAGCUACCAGCCUCUGGACCACAUCAGGGAAUACUUCGGAGAGAAGAUAGCGCUUUACUUCGCCUGGCUUGGUAAUUACCUCAUGAGUAACUAA